AUGCCCGUGACACAACACCAGCGGGAAUUAAAGCCCGCCGCCGCUUCCAAAGCGGCCAAAGCGACCAAGCCCUUCAAACUUGUGUCUAGCGACUUCCGGGUGGUGGUUCCGCCCAACAUGGAGCGGCACAUGCCGCCCGUGGCGCCCAAGGAGACGCUCCCGGACUUUUUAACCGCCACGCCCCGUUUCCCCGUCCGAAUCAGCCGCCAGACCCGCAAAUAUUCCGCCGGCGACCUGGCUCGGCAGUUUUUCGUCGAACAAGGCGGCUGGCAGGCGCCAACGCCACCGCCCACGCUCCUCAGCACGUAUCUCCGGCCCCGGGCCCGUUUUGUGGGCGAGCAGCAGAGCGGCUCGUCCCGCUACGACAUCAAGGUCGAGUUCAAGACCGUGGACUUGCAAUGCGGCAUCGUGACGGGGUUUUUCGAGAUAUCCGGACUUACAGACGACCACCCGGUGAUCACCACGUGUUCCGGGGCGAGAUCAUCAACAACCCGCUUGCGGGCGCCAAGCAGCACUCGUUUGCCACGGAGGAAAGCGACUGGGGGCUCGUUCUCCAGAACGACUUGGAGCACUGGAAAAAGCUCACGGCGUCGCCGCACGGCACCACGGAGGACGAGCUUUUGCGCCGGCUCCCGGCGAAUCCAUGCGGGCUCCGCCGACCCGCUGCACAUUUACAUGCGGUGGAAGGAGGAGUUUCUUCUUCCGGACCUGCGGGUCAAGGUGCUCAAGAACGCCUCGUUCGAAGGUUUUUACUAUGUUGUGCUCAACAUCGGGCCUGGGAACGGCACGAGAAACGCCUCGGGCUAUAGCGCCGACAUGGACCCGGGCCGAUCAGCGGCUUGUACUUCCACACGCAGAACGAGAAGUUCCAGUCCUUGUCGCUUCGGCAUGUGGAGACCCGCGGCGGCGGGCUGGCGUUUGACUUUGCCUGAGCAGCGGGCUGCUUGGAUGUACGACGAUACGAAUAUGAACGGCAUGGGACGAUGA